AUGGACGUUGACAGCAUUCGCGAGCAUUUGCUAGGGGACUCUCAGGAUACUUUCUCAUUUCCUGAUUUCCAUUCAAAUUUUGGUUCAGAGACAGCCAGUACCUAUAAUUGGAAUGAAAUAAUAUACAGCUCCAUGCUUGGAGUGAAGGAGGAGAAUUCAUUAGACGAAGAGAGGUUUCCAUCUCCUGUCACGUCGGUUCCUCCGCCAGCUAGUAAUAACGUACGUACGCAACAACAAGAUUUUCCUGCAUGGGAAACAACAUCACCAUGCAAAGAAAAGGCAGCUGCUUUAGAGAGGAGGCUGACGCCGCACUAUAGGGGAGUGAGGCAGCGGCCGUGGGGGAAAUUUGCAGCAGAAAUACGAGAUCCUGCUAAGAAAGGAGCCAGAGUAUGGCUGGGCACCUUCACCACAGCGGAGGCCGCAGCCCUCGCAUAUGACCGCGCUGCUUUCAGAAUUCGGGGAUCCAAAGCGCUGCUCAACUUUCCCCUCCUCGACCACACGGCCACUGAAGAUUAUCAGGCAGUUCCCGAAAAGUUGACGAAGAGGAGGAGAAAGGAGGUGUCAGCGGGCGGCACUGAAUUGAAGGAGCAUUGUCUUUCUCAGUUCAGAAGGUCCCAGUGCUCUAGUAUGACAAGUGCGGAUUGGACGAUCGGAGCGUAA